AGCGCUCCGGCAGUUGCCUCUCCAGCGCCCCUCUGCGGCCGCCGCCCGAAGCCAUGGCUCGCUCCCGCGGCAUUGCUGCGCCGGCCGCGCUGGCCGCGGCCGUGGCGCUCUGGGCCUGCUCCGUGGCGGUGCGCCGGCACGGGUGCGGCGGCGCCGAGCGGACCCCGCCGGUCGAGCCUUCGAUGGGUCUCCCGGCCUUCGUGCCGCCCGCGCUGCGCGCUGCCCCCGUGCACCUCGCGGCGGCGGCCACCGCCGCUCUGGCGCCGGCCGCGGCGCAGGCGGACGUGAUGGACGUCCCGGACAUGUCCUCGUCGAUCAGCCUGGCUGGGCUCUACGAGCCGAUCAUGCUCGGCAUCGUCUUUGGCACCACCUUUACCACGCUCCUCGGCCUGCUGGUCGCGGCCUGGCUCCAGUUCAAGAAGGGCCCCACCCUCGGGCUGUAGGC